AUGGAGUCGAACGAUAACAAGAAGGCAAUAAGCCCGAAAGCUCAGUACGGAAGAGGUCUUCAAUUAAGAGCACUGAAUGUUGAAAAGGGAUCGAAACGGACUGCACUGUCCCAACGGCGGAAUCUACUGUUCGUGGCUUGCGGCCACCAGAUCUAUGUCUGGGAACCAGCCGGGGCCUCGCAGGUAUUAGGUUCCAGGCCUGAAAUGAUUAUCACGCCUGUUAUGAAAGAGCCUCACGCUACCGGUUAUAUCCGGCCAGCAUCUCCACAUGAAAUUAACAACAUCCUUGUGGACGAUCUCGGUCGCGAAGAGGUUCUGCUCCUGGCAACGGACUCGGGCAAUGUUUGUGGAUACCGAGUUGAAGCCAUUUACUCAACUCUAAAAAGAGCUGUUGAUAACGGAAGAGCCAGGCCUCUAGAUGGCUCCGAGGUGGAGCCCUUUUUCAUUGAGUAUGUCGGUGCCAGUGCUUGGGGCCUAGCCAUUCACAAGUUCGCUCGUUUAAUCGCCGUAUCUGCCAAUACCGGAUAUGUGACUGUCUUUGCUUUUGCGCUUGUCAGCCCAGGGUCGGAUAAGGGCGAUGAUUUAUUUCGUCAGCUAGAAAAGGCUGAUGAUGCUACGGAGUAUGGCCAAACGUGGCUACAUAUACGGACUGAAGGACAGUUCAAACAACUGCAGCAGCUGAUGCCAGAAAAAUAUCGUACUCGGAAUAUAAAGCUAACCUACAGUGGUCAUUUCACCAAUAUACCAUCUGUUGGUUUUCUGAACACUGAUUUUGAUCCGAAUGGGAUGUGGAUGGUCAGUACAGAUAUCUACAAUAGAACGAUAGUUUGGAAUGUGUGGAGAAGCUUGAGUCCCUUCAACGAAUAUCACCUCAAUAAUGUGGCACCGUGGAGUAUACCUGAAGACGCGUAUCUGGACGACGGUGACCGCGGGUGGUCCGUCAUUGCCCUUGACCCGCGCUCAUUCCACUUAGUUAAGACCGAGGAAGAAGCAUGUGGUGGCCAGCCCCGGCGGCGCGUGAGAAAUAAGCAGGAGAUUCUCGAUUUGACAAGCCUUACCAAAAGAGUUCCAGAUUCAACGCGUCUCUACAGCCACUUCCCACCUGCCGUUAAGGCCGAGCCAGAAGAGACCUUAUUGCCUGAUUUCUUUGAGGCAGAUUGUCUUAUAAAUGGGAAUCAUAACGCCCAGGAAAAGAGUGAUGCACGGAAAGCUCAGGCUGUUGUGCCGAGCAACGCACGUAAUCACGAUUCCGCAGAAGCUAUUAGCCACCAGGCAGUUGACGGUUCUCUUAAUGCGGAUAUUCUGAGCGGAGACAGCGCUUCUGACUCGGACCACAUUUCAGAACAACAGCAAACUACAGGCAGUCACGCGCUCUUAAGUGCCAUAGCAAAUGACCCAAGCCGCAUUCUUUCUCCUGAAGACAUCCUUGAGAUUGCUCUCCGCGAGACUGCUGGUGUCGAUAUCCAUGAAGUCCAAGCCCUCCUUUCAGAAACUAUGGGGGAUGAUGAUGAUGACCACUUUCAGCUGGAAAUGGAAGUCGACGCUUCUGAUUCGAGCGGGAGCACAUCUGAGGAGGACGAAACAGCGCACCACCCUCUUGAUGACUUUGGUCUGCAUUUCUCAACUUCACCACCAAACUCCAACUUCCCCAUCCUUCACUUCUCUCACACCAACAUCUGCCUUAUCCCACAUCCUUUCUCCCUGAACGCCAGCGUCCUUUGCGGCGCCCCGCUCCUCCAACGCUUCACUCAACCCAUAGUUUCAAUUCGCGGCUUCGAUCGCUUCAACAUGGUCAAAUACAUUCCCGAGCAUGGGAUCGUCGUCGCAGCUUCCCAGAAGGGUCGGGCCGCUAUUAUUGCUCUUACUGAGUCGCCCACAACUGGCCGCACCUUUCGAGUUGAUUGGAUUGUUCCGCUUGAGAGCCAGGAAAAGUAUGGCGAGCGCCCACUUGUGCCACUGUUGGGGAUGAGUGUCGCGCCGAUGCAAGGGUUUGAGAUUCAACCGGAUAUUCCUUAUAUUCCGCAGGACCCUUACGCUGAGGGGAAGGAAAUGGAGACUGAGACUGAGCGUGGAACGAGCAUGAAUGAUUUGCUUUUCCAGUGCAAGGAAACCAAUAACUCAUUGUCUUCAUCAGGAAGCGAUUCUGAACAAGAAUUUACACUUCCCGAAUGCCACGCCCGCGCAACCCGCUCCUACCAGCCCGAGGAGAGCUGGCGAGGCUGGAACCCCUCGCGCCGGUACAGACUCAUGCUUAUGUACGCGGAUCACACAGUCAUGAGCUAUGAAUUUUGGUAUACCUGGAAUGCUUCGGACGGGCAUGUCAGAGCGGAAGCUGGAGUUGAAGCUGCUACUUAUGGUGACAGUGUCGAGAGUGAGGGGGAGGAUGCGUACCUCAUUCUUUGAUUCGGUGUGCUCUAGUCCACGCUUGAGAUAUUGUAUUACUGGUCCGCUUCGCUUUUAUUUUGGUCGUUUUGAGGAAUGGAGGCUUCUUGAGAUUAAUAAUAUCGGACGAUGAUAGCAAGGUAUUAAAUAGAUCUGGAAGUGUCUCGCAGAGCAGAUGGCGGUUAGGCUAAAGUUUCCAUGCUCUAUUACCAACAAUCGGCCCAUCCAGCCUGUCAACUACUUUGAUCUGUCAAAGAUUUGGACAAGAGAGAACAUGAUCUUGCUAUGCUGUACACGCAGGAAAGAUGAGUAAAUAUGUAAACCAAUCCAAGAGAUCAGGAAGAAGUGCCAAAACCGAUUCUUGUAAUAUGCAGUACAGCAACUGCAAUAUCUCGUACAGGAGCAAGCAACGCUAGACAUGCAAUGGUAAAGAAGAAGUCGUCAACAAAGCGAUGUAAAAUGUGUUAACUGGGUAUCUGCCCCACUAAGAAAAGCAAAUGAAAGG